CGAUAGGCCUUCACAUUUGUAAUGGCGGGGGUGCUUUAGUGGUGCGGCAAGUGAUGAUGGGAGAACCAAGUAAUGCUGCUAUAUUCGUCGAGGUGACAGAAGAUAGCGAUUAUGGUGCAUCACUGUGUGCUGUUUAUGCUUCAUCAGUAGCCCACAAAUACUAUGGCAGAUUUGGAAGAAGAAAACAAAAUAAAAACUGCAGUUGAAGCCUGCGUCACAGCUCAAGCAAUGAUAGAUAUCAAUGCGGAACAUUUAGAUGGGCUGCGAACACAGUGCGCUACGAGUGUGGAACUUACACAGAACGAAAUCAGAGCACUUGAAACGAAACUGAUCAAGUUGUUCAGCCGUCAAGUCAUCGCUAAACGGAAGUACUGUAAAAAUGAGAUCGUGAACGAGCUUCAACAAUAUCCAAAACUACUACUAUGGCUCAAGGUAGUUGGACUAUCACAGCAAUCCAUUCAGGGACUGUCUGGAAGACUAGUGAAUUUUGACGAGGUGCUAGAAAAGUCGGAACAAGAGCUCAAGCGUUUCCUCACUGAUGUCAAAGCAUGUGAAGAAGAGAAAAGAAGAUUCCUCAUUGCUUUGCGUAACCUCAAAGUUUAUACAGAUCGCCAACUCCAGGGUACGACGACCGGAGAGGGAGACCUCCACUGGGACUCGUGGGAUCGGAGCAGUGUCAACCUCCUCCCCCGUCGCACGCACACGUCGGUCCCCUCAGAUGAGUUGUGCAGUGGGAGUACGCUUGGGGUGCGCUCAAACUUCCCAGGAGGUCGCUUCCCCACAACGCCUCCUCCGGUGAAGCGCCACCAGUCUAAUCUCAUUAUGCCCGAUGCACUGCCUCUAACUAAGAGCAAGUCCCACGAAGAGCACCUCGAGAACCGUGUGGAACACAGCGAGCCCCAGUGCCUCACCAGCAGCACGGAAGGCGGACCACGCCGCAGGCUGGCAACAGAGCCGGGACUGGAACUGGCCAACUGUUCUCCUCUGUCUCCGAGCAGGUCGCCACCAUUUGUUUCUCCCGAUCAGCAGGGAGAUGCCUGUUUUGUUGAUGAGCCAGCUGCUUUGCCUGUCGUGCCCAGGUCACCAAGGAUGCACGGAAUGGCUCACGCAAUUCAUCAUAGGUUCACUUCAAGCGUAAAGGUCACUACAUGCCAGCAGUGUGACAAGGCCAUGUUUUUCGGGUACAAGUGCAAAGAGUGCAAGUUUAGAUGCCAUAAAGACUGCAUGGAGAAAGUCCCACCGUCCUGCGGCUUACCGAACGAACUGGUGGAUGUAUUUGCUGAGCACUAUCAAAAGGGAGGCAUCCAGUCUCCUAACCACAGCCACCACAUAGUGGGUUCCCUGAACAGCAGUCGGAUCGAGACACUCCGUGAGAAAGCACGCCAUCACCCAGUGAUUAGUCUUCCGUCAUACCAUGGUCCGGACUCCUCCUCGAACACAUCUUCAUGCAAUUCCUCCACGCCAUCCUCUCCGGCUUUCAUCGUUCAUUCCCAUCAGGCUACACCUUCCUCGGCCUCCCGUGGUCAGCAGUUCCAUUUUCCAGAUAUCAGUAGCUCCGAGUUAACCAUGUCCUCAAAGUCCUCCGUCACUGUCGGCUCAGUUGAAGCGCAAAAGUCUACAGACAGCGACCGUACCGUCUCUGGCACAUCUGGUUCUGGAAGCAUCAGUACGGACUCCGAAAAAACGCUGGCUUCAACGAGGGUAGACUCACAAGACAGUCAAGUCUCUGACAUUGAUCCCAGUGACAGGGCUUGGCCACGUCAAAAUAGUCUUUCUCUGCGAGAAUGGGACAUUCCCUUCGAUGACGUCCAAAUCGAGGAGAAAAUAGGAGAAGGGCGCUUUGGGAGGGUUUACAGAGGAAAUUGGCACGGCAGCGUUGCCGUAAAAGAGCUCAACAUGGACCAUACGGACGACAAGAAGACCCUGGAGACGUUCAAGCAAGAAGUUGCCACGUUUCGCAAGACCAGGCACGAAAAUCUCGUCCUCUUCAUGGGCGCUUGCAUGAAGCCACCAAAGCUGGCGAUCAUUACCAGCCUUUGCAGAGGAAUGACACUGUACAGGCACAUACACCUGAGGAAAGACAAGUUCAAUUUGAAUAGGAUCAGCGGUAUUGCGCUUCAGAUAUGUCAGGGAAUGGGUUACCUGCACGCACGCGGCAUUGUACAUAAGGACUUGAAGACGAAGAAUAUAUUUUACGAAAAUGGCAAAGUGGUCAUAACAGACUUUGGUUUGUUCUCAGUCACAAAACUUUGUCAUGGUAACAGGAAAGGUGACUGGCUCACAAUUCCUCAAGGUUGGCUCUGUUACCUUGCUCCGGAAGUUGUUAGAAGUUUACGGGCAGGAAGUCAGCACGAUGCUGAUGACUUGCCAUUUGCUACAGCCUCUGAUAUUUAUGCAUUUGGCACUGUCUGGUAUGAGCUCCUUUGUGGAGAAUGGCCAUUUCGAGGUCAGCCUUCUGAGUCCAUUAUCUGGCAGGUCGCCAAAGGCAUCAAGCAGUCUCUGGCCAACAUACAGGCUUCACAGGAUAUUAAGGACUUCCUGAUGCUGUGCUGGUCCUACAGACCUCAAGAUCGACCAGCAUUUUCGAAGCUGCAGCUGCAGCUGCAGAGGUUCCCAAAGAAACGGCUCGCACGAAGCCCGUCCCAUCCAACGCACUUGUCCCGUUCCUCAGAGUCUGCUUUCUAGGGUGCCGCCCUCGAGUUCUCCUGCUUCGUUCAUUUCCCUGACACCUACCUGGUGUUUAUUAUUAUUAUUAUUUUUUUACCGUACUUCGUAUUGACUUUGCUCGAGGUACUUUGUGGUAUCUCGAAAGCAUAAAAAGAUUCAGUACAAGUGUUGAAGAACCUUUUUUUGUAGGAUUUGAAUAUAUUAUGUGUUGGGCCCGGAAAUUUAGGCACAAAAAGCGAUGGAAAUAGGCAGGCAAUUGGGCCCUCAAAAACGGCAAAAUAGGCAAUAAAACACAAAAAUCCAGGAAGAAAAGGCUACAGUACCGGUACAAGCUUUGACUUGUACAUGAAUGCUGAGGAGGCCUAUGACCACGUGAUAUUGAAUACUACUUUUAGUUUUCCGCCCUCGAAGAUCUCACAAGGUCAAAUCUUUUGAUCACGUAUACAUGAACCCCUUCUAGUAAACCAAAGGUACUGAAGGAAACCAAACGAAAAAAAAAAGCAAAAAAAUGAAAUGACUGAAAGGCACACUCACACUUGCACCUCUAAAAAAGGCUGUUAUGGCAUCUAAAAAUGUUCAAAAAGGCUACAAUUCAAGAGAGUCGAUCAAAAGGCAGGCAACCCCCCCCCAAAUGUUGCAUUUAGGCGUUUAUAGGCAUUUAUAGGAAAGUGCCUAAAAUUCCGGGCCCUAAUUAUGUGUAAUAAUUUGUGGAAAGUUAGUUGGUAAUAUAAUAGGACUUUUUUUUCCAGCUAGGUUUGGUUAUCGUUUUGCUCACAUGACACACUACCUAAUCAAGCUGCGUAAUUUGUAAGCAUUUGUGCAACAAAGAAGACAGAUUCUGUGUGAAGAACACAUUGUAUAAAUUAUUGAUCUUCGUGUAGCGACUUGCAGGAAGCAUUGUAUAAUAAUUUUUACUGUUGCUUCAGAGUAUGUAUAGCAGUGCUCCUAAUUUAUUUGCAGAGACAGAAUGGUGCUAAGCCAUAAAUAUGUGCGUACCUAAGACUUCGUAAUUGAGUACCCCAUCUGCAGUUGGAACAUAGGCUCCUGCAACAGCUCUCAGCAAGGGAGCUAUACACCUGAACGAGGCAUGCCCCCACGGGAAGCUCUGAAGUUGCUGGAGUCCCACGACGGGAGUACUUGUCCAGCAGAGAGGGGGUGUACAUACUCAGUUAACACUGUCGACAUGUAUAUUCUGAACUGAUACUUACUUGUACUACAUAAACUUUCUGGUUGUUAUGCCUGCAUCAUGCCAAAGUAGUUCAGAGUUUGCAUAGUAUAGUGUGAAAGUUUUAUGCAGGUAUGUAUAUUCUGGUAUGAGCUUUGUAUGUGGAUAUGAACAUGUAACAUCUAUUUAUGAUAGUUAAUAGUAUAAAAUAUUAUUUACUUAGAGAAACCUAUGCAUCACGAUUAUCGUCCCAAAUCCAAGCAGACGCUCUCUCUGUACAUAGUCAGGCUUAACGAGUAAAUUGUCUCUCGAAGAUGUGCUACAGAAGAAACGAAUUCAACCUUUUGUUUCUUCCUAUGGAUUGUUAGGGUAUGAUCAGGACUGUAGGGAACUUCUAAAAUGCUUUUCUCUCCUGAAUGUGACACUGGUGUAAAAGUGUAUGUCAGUCUCUGAGGAAAUUAUGUUGUGCAUUUGUGUCCUGGAACGAAUAAAUGGGAAAGUCUUUA